AAACAAAGGAAGGCGCCAAAUGAUCUUUGAACCUGGUGAUUGGGUUUGGUUGCACCUUCACAAGGAAAGGUUUCCAGUUCAACGACGAAGCAAGCUACUCCCUCAAGGCGACGGUCCCUUCCAAGUUCUUGAGCGUGUGAACAACAAUGCUUACAAGUUGGACCUCCUAGAUGAGGGGAAUGAUGCGAAGGAGAAUAGUGAGCAAACCAUGCAAGUAGAACAAGUGAAGGUUCCUCUCGGCCCUGUCACUAGAGCACAUGCCAAGAAAAUGAAGGAAGCGCUCCAACUUCUAGUUCAAGCUGUCCAAGCCCAAGUUGAGAGGCCUGGGCCCAUAGAAGGCCUUGCAAGUGAGGAUGAAAGACAGGUCACCUUGGUAGAGGCCUUGCUCGAGGAAGAGGACCUUGUUUGAAGGCUACGACCCUCUUUUGGAGUAUCAUGGUUAAUCAUAUAACUAUUUAGAGUUUAAGUAUUUCAUUAGUAGUUUUGGCUUAGAUCAAUAAAGCUCAUGUUGAGCAAAGGACCGAGUAGAAAGCCCUUUGGAGGCCCACUACCUUGGCCGAACUUAGCAUAGGCUACGGACCUCCCUUGGAGGCCUAAUUUCCUUCGAAUUUUCGAGCAUUUAGUAGUAGUAUUAUAAAUA